CUCGACUCGAUGGCGAUUUCUUAGCGGCUUCUCUUCCUUACCUUCGCCGUCUUAAGUCUGAAAAUUUCCUUUCUCCAUUGUCAUGAGCUGAUUCUCACUAACAUUAAUUGUCUCUUCUUCUCGACCCGCAUUUGCCCUCCUCCCUUAUAAGAAGUGCCUCUCCCUUCCCGAGUCCCUGUGCAACAACCCUCUCUCCCGGCUUCUCCUCUUGCUUCUCCUCCGUUACACAGUCUUCGAUCCCAACCACUGCCAAGCUUCGCCGCAUUCUGCUCGACCAUGCGCUUUGGCAAGACCCUUCGGAAGUCGAUCUAUCCGCCAUGGAGUGGGAAAUAUAUUGAUUAUCACAAGCUCAAAGUCCUUCUUAGAGAGCAUGAUGUCAUCGGAAACGAUAGCGAUUCCGACAAUGCCCCGUGGACGGAACAAGAUGAGGAGGCAUUUGUCCAGGAGCUCCUGAACGUCCAACUGGACAAAGUCAAUGCCUUCCAGGUCGGAACCUUGAAGCAGCUGCGGGAACGAACUGCCGAUUGCGAGUCCAAGCUACGAGAAUUGACUGAUGCAGCCCAGGAUGAGGCUGCCACGGAAAUGGACGAUGCGGAAAAGAAGCGCAUUGCGUCAGGCGUCCUGCAGGAGCUGGACAGCAUCACUCGAGAGGUUAGCGAGCUGGAGAAAUACAGUCGGAUUAACUUCACCGGCUUCCUCAAGGCGGCUAAGAAGCAUGACCGCAAGCGUGGAGCACGGUAUCGUUUGAAGCCCUUGUUGCAAGUGCGUUUAUCGCAACUUCCAUUUAAUUCCGAGGACUACUCUCCUCUAGUCCGCAGACUGUCCGUGAUGUACUCCUUUGCCCGUGAAAUCCUGAGCAAGGGUCUGGUUGAGGCCAAAGACCCUGCUGAACCUCGCUUUGGUCAAGACAUGUAUUCCUCCUUCAAGUUCUGGAUUCAUCCCAACAACGUCCUCGAGGCCAAGACCUAUAUCCUACGGCAGCUGCCCGUUCUGAUCUAUAAUCCUGGGACCUCCAAGGACCUCGAUAUCCUCCCCGACGAUCCUACAAUCACCUCUCUAUACUUUGACAACCGACAGUUCGACCUUUACAACCAAAAGGUCGCUCGUGCUGCCGAAGCCGGGUCUCUACGACUGCGAUGGACCGGGAAUCUGCAGGACAAACCAGCCAUAUUCUUGGAGAAAAAAAUAGUGUCGGACGACAAUCGCAGCCGAGAAGUGAAGAUUCAGCUCAAACAAAAACACGUGAAGGAAUUCUUAGACGGAGAGUACCACUUUGACAAAAAGCUUCAGCGGAUGGAGACCAUGGGCAAUGGUGAAUCGGAGCAAGCAGAGUCCUUCAAGCAGGAUAUCGAGGAACUGCAGUCCUUCAUCAAGGAAUACAAUCUGCAACCGAUGCUUCGGGCCAAUUACACCCGUACGGCGUUCCAAAUCCCCGGAGACGAUCGGAUCCGAAUCUCCCUCGAUACCAAUCUGGCUCUAAUCAGGGAAGACUCGCUGGAUGAAGGUCGUCCCUGCCGUGAGCCUGAUCAAUGGCAUCGCACAGACAUUGAUGAUGCAGGAAUGGAGUACCCCUUCAGCAGCAUCCGGACUGGCGAAAUUGUUCGCUUCCCUUACGCGCUCCUGGAAAUCAAACUCAAGGGCACUGCAGCGCACAGUGCCGAAUGGAUCAAGGAUCUCAUGGUCUCCCACCUUGUAAAGGAGGCGCCACGGUUCUCGAAGUUUGUCCAUGGUGUGGCGCAGCUCUUCGAGGACUACGUUAACAGUUUUCCGUUCUGGCUUGGUGAGAUGGAGAAUGACAUUCGAAAGGACCCAGAAACCGCUUUCCACGAAGAACAGGAGCGGCGAGCGCAGCGAGCAGAAGACGAUAUUGCAGUUGGAAGUUUCCUCGGCAACAAAGGUUCAAUGACGGUGAGGCCUCUGGUGGGAUCACCCGUACAGAUGUUCACCGACAUAUCCUCUUCCCCUCGCCGUCGACAGUCGUCGCAGAUGCUACCGCCCUCGCAGCGGCCCUCGGCUCCAGAAAUAGCCCGCGUGCCUGAGCGUCCGGAGCCGCCCAGUCCGCAAGACCAAGAAGUCCAGCUCGAGGACCAAGAGCCGGAACAUCCCAUGACUCUGAAACGCCUAGCCUCUCUCUUCCCAACCUUCUCCGCCGCGCGGAACAACCGUGGUCCCCGAAAUUCAGUCGUGCUGCCUCCCGGCGUUCGGGAACCAGGCACGUGGAUUAAGGACUCUGGACCUGUCCGUGUCGAGACCAAGGUCUGGCUCGCCAACCAACGUACCUUCAUCAAGUGGCUCCAUAUUAGUAUUCUUCUAUCAUCGCUGUCGUUGGGCCUGUACAACGCAGCCGGAGAGCACAAUGAUAUCGCCCGCGCGUUAUCAAUUGUCUACACGGCCUUUGCUAUCUUCGCCGCCGUCUGGGGGUGGUACAUGCACGAGAAGCGGGCCAAGCUCAUCCGGCAACGGAGUGGACGGGACUUGGAUAACACAUUUGGACCGAUUGUUGUUUGUAUUGGAUUGGCGGUUGCUCUGGUGUUGAACUUUGCCUUCAAGGUAGGCGCAGGUCGCUUGGUGUGGACAAGGGGUUCAUCCGCUAACCUAGUAUAUAGUACAACUCCACCCUGGAGAAGAUCCGUGACCGCCAACCUCCAGCUAGUCUUCCUCCAUCUGCUAACCUUACCGGGUUCAUCGACAAGCCGAGCGUGUGGCAGCUGGUUAAUCAAGGCGGUCAAGCCUUGUAACGAGGCUUCCCACCUAGUCUCUUGAGUCGCUGAUUGCUUGUAAAUGGUUGCGUUUGCAUUUGCAGGAGAUCCCAAGCUCCUGUUUGAAGUAGAGGCAAACGAGUGUCUGGACAUGUCAGCCUUUGAUGUAUUCGUAGAAUGUCUUUUGGGAAUGUGAAAAUAGCGUUAUGUCGGGAGUCAACCAGGAACAUGGGAUAAGAGAUUCAAUCAAAAUGAAUGAUGUUUUCG